AUGCAACAAUGGUUGUUAUGCAUAGUAUUGUCUUGCUUAAUUGAUUUCUGCCUCUUUUUGCGCUCAAUUUACAGGCCAUUAUCCAGUUUACCAGUUAAUGGACUAAUGAGUGCACCGUGUCUCACUCCAACUCCAUCCACCGCUAAUUUUGAUAUUUUCUGCCAAUUCAAUUACCACAGUAAACCUUACAUUUGUGAUCCAUCCGGUUCACUUUCCAGAACAGAAAUAGAAAUGCUUGAUUCAGUUAUUCAACCUUUCAAUUUCACUUCAUGUUUCUGCAGACGACCACAUAUCUGUGAACCGUCUUUAUCACGUAUCGUUAUUGUUAUCGUGCCUUCAACUAGUAUUGAAAGCCUGGAUGCAUGUGAUGUAGCAAUGGAAUUUCCUCGGCCCUAUUCCUUAGCUGCAGCUGCAUUAAUUUAUGCAGAAGAAUUGGCACAACACUGGACAAAUGAUUGCCAAGCUGACCUGAUGAUCGUUUAUAUCAAUACAUUUAAUCCGGGAAAAGUCAGGAAGCCUUACAUUGUACCUCUGUACAGACAUAAUUAUGAACAUUUAUCACGAUUUUCUCAUCCAUUUGCAAUAUCGCGCAGGGACUCAAUUUAUACGGCUAUCGAUGAUUAUCUAAAACAUGUUGGUAAGAUUAUCCGCUCAAAACCGCUAGAGGUGCGAUCAUCAGUACCACAGUGGGCUAUACUUGUAUCAUUUGCCUUCGUUAUCACCGCGUUUCUCUCCAUGUAUAUUGCUAAUUGUGUAACAAAUCGUAUCAGGACAUCGUACUGGCAGCAGCCUAAAAUGAGUGCAACAAUUCGCUUAGCUAAUGAACGAUGGCGUGCAGGUUUCGGUGGUGGUGUGAUGAUGCAAAACGGUAUUGGGAUGAAGAGCUCAAUGAUGUUCAAGCAAUUCAAUCGACGGACCAAAAUUGCUCAAAAUAUGCAAAAAAUUUGA